ACAAGAUACAUUUGGAUUAUUAAACAAAUUGCUAAAUUCUAUUUUCCAUUUAAGUAAAAAAAACGUCACUAGGAUCCGCGGACACAGCCAGGAAUGAUUUUCUUGUUAGCUUAUGUUAUAUCAAUUCCACCAACAGACUUCCAGAAACUAGAACGAUCGACAUUUCAUUAAUCUAAUGUAUCCUUCUGAAGGUUGAACUAGUGACGGCGCUUAGCCCUUUGGACUUCUGCAUCAAACUGUUUACGGAUACUAACACACUGAGCUUAAAAAAAAACUCUAUCAGCUCUAUUAUAACAUUGCAACUGCUUUUCUGCAAUUGACAAUUUACACCAAAGAUCAGUAAGAUUAUCCGUCCACCAAGGUUUACCUUGACAACGCUUUCUCGAACGCGUACCAGGUCCUAUCUUUAUAGAUGUAUAAGGUACAUUUUCAAACAUAGCAUUUUUAAAAUGUUCACGCUAUUUACCAUAGGCUAUAUACACGUCAUUGAUUGUCAACAUUGAUUUAGACCGAAAGUAAACAUGAAUGCGAAUUUGAGCUAACACUUUGUAAUAUUAUAUAUCGACUCUCCAGUUUUUUACACGAAAGUAUUUUUUGCUCGUAGCUGGUGCUAUUUUUAGAUACCUUGAGGUUUUUAGUGUAGAAUUUUUCUAGCUCUCACUCAAUUUAAUGUAUGGCGGAAAGUGAACUUGGGAUCACUUUGUUUCCAGAAUUUUGAUUUUAAAUGCAAUCAAACAAUUCAAUUAGGAAAGAACGAUCACACUUUGCAUAUCAGAAAACAUUACUGAUUGUCCUUAUUUCUACGACUGUUGCUGAACUGAUAUCCCUGUGGUUACUUGCCGGUCACUGGCGACAAUUAAGGUCGGAUAUAAUAGCUCCAAAGGAAUCCAUCGUGUGCCUCCCGUUGCGGACACUUAUAACUGUUGAAGAUGAUAGACACCAGUGUCCAGAUGGACUUAAGGAGAAGGCCAACGAAACAAAAGAAACAAAAUUAUGUUGUGGAUCUAUGAGCAUUGUCCUCAAUAAAGUUUCCGCCAAGAUUGUUAAAGACAAGUAUAAUGACAAUGCUUUUCCCGAAUAUACAUCACUUGAUAUGACGGCAUUUAACUGUUCCGAAAAGAAGACUGUACCGCUGGAAGCAAAUCUUGUUGGGUAUUAUGGGUGA